AUUUGAAUAUUGGCGAAUGGCUUUUCGUACAUGUGUAGCAGAUGCUUAUUGAUAAACGUGUGUAGUGUUUAUUACCGGUGUUUUGUUGUACUGAGAAAUAUAUAUAAAAUUUAAUCAUGUCAGCUGCUAUGCCCAUUAAUCCAAAACCAUUUCUUAAUGGUUUGACUGGUAAAGCGGUCAUAAUAAAACUAAAAUGGGGUCACGAAUAUAAAGGAUAUUUGGUUUCCGUAGAUGGCUACAUGAAUAUGCAGUUGGCCAAUACCGAGGAACAUACCGCCGAUGGUCAAGUGACAGGAAAUUUAGGGGAAGUUCUUAUACGUUGUAAUAACGUAUUAUAUAUAAAAGGCGUAGACGAUGAGGAUGAGGAGGGUGAAAUGAGAGAUUAAAGUUACAUAUGAAAAGAAGUGGAAAUCCCAAGAUCGUUGAUAAUCUUUCAGCUUUUUUAGAAUUAAGUUAUGUAGUCUGAAUAUAAUUAAAAUUUGUAUUAGAAUUUUAAUAAAAAUUUAAAAAUGUGUACUUAAAAA